UAUUUUAUACUCUUUCCUCGAACUAACCCAAGCCGCCAUUCCAUCAUUCUUCUUCUUCUUCUUCCUCACAAUUAGCGACGCCAUUAAUGCGGCUUCAUUUCUUUGUCAUCUUUCCAAGUCAAAACUUGUUUGUUUUUAAGCGCCACAGGUUUCUUCAACCUCUCUCUCUUCUUCCCUUACUUGUUGCAUCUUCCUAUCGUUUUUUCAACUCUAUUCAUCCACCUUCUUUUCUCCUCUUCACACGUCAAACUCUGAAUUAAUCUGCAACUUCUAGAAGUUCGAUUGUUUUUCCGAUCGGGGUAAUCAUUUUUUGCCUCUGUUUAUUUGUUGGUCUUAUAGCGAUGUUGAAUUUGAAUCCGGAAGUUUUCUUUUGAGAAAUGGAUAAAUCUUUUGGGGGUGAACUAAGUUCGUUUCGACUAAGUGGCUGAUUUUUGCCUUUUUGGGUAGUUGGUGGGGCAAUAUGCCCCCUUGAUUUCUGAAUCUGGAAAUGUUAAUUAUCUUUUGGUGAGUAGAUUUGGACACUGUUGUUUGGUCUUUUUGACCUUUUUAGAGCUGUCACUAUUCUACAGGUAGAUUGAAAUUUCUUCGAUAUAGUGUUAAGAUGUCUUUUAGAGGCUAAAUUAGUGGUUAAUCUGUGAUUAAGAGAUGUUUAUGUGGAGAUGAUAAGGCCAAUCUUUAUGUGAAGGAUUUGAAUACAGAAUAAAGGGUCAAUAAGUUUGAUUCUACUUGCUGGGGUUCAUAUUCAAGCAGUUUUAGAGUUCCCAGAAUGGGAUCCUGCUUGUCUACAGGAGGUACGAGGGCCAUUCCUAGUUCCCCUGUAUCUCCUGUGCUGGGAGUAAGUAAACAGAAAGACUCAAACUGUGUGUUUGAGCAGCAGAAUCAGAGUGAAGCAACAGUACACAGAAUUCCUGGUAGGAUGUUCUUGAAUGGGUCCACUGAAGUUGCUUCACUUCAUACUCAACAGGGCAAGAAAGGGAUGAACCAAGAUGCCAUGAUUGUAUGGGAGAAUUUUGGCUCCAGAACAGAUACAUUCUUCUGUGGAGUUUUUGAUGGCCAUGGCCCUUAUGGUCAUCUGGUGGCAAAAAGAGUGAGAGAUUCUCUUCCCCUGAAACUGAAUGCACAUUGGGAAGCUAAUGUGGAUAUUUCAGAAGAGUUAGGUUGUAAAACAGAAGCUGUGAGCAAUGAAGAUUCUACCUUAGCAAUUAGUUGGAAGGAAGCUAGUCCCCCCCUUACGCAGCCUGAAAUUUCUGAAAAACUGAAGGAAUCAUUUCUGAAGGCUUUUAAGAUAAUGGAUGGAGAACUCAAAAUUCAACCAAGUAUUGAUUGCUUCUGUAGUGGGACAACAGCAGUAGCUCUUGUUAAGCAGGGUCGAGAUCUCGUUAUUGGGAAUGUUGGGGACUCUCGGGCUGUGCUGGGUACCAAAGAUGAGGAUAAUUCUCUCCAAGCAGUUCAGUUGACCAUAGAUCUGAAGCCAGAUAUUCCAGCGGAAGCUGAGAGAAUUCUCAAAUGCAAAGGUCGGGUAUUUGCCCAUCAGGAUGAACCAGAAGUUGCUAGAGUAUGGCUUCCUAACAAUGAUUCCCCUGGGCUGGCGAUGGCUCGAUCCUUCGGAGACUUUUGCCUCAAGGAUUUCGGUCUAAUUUCUGUUCCCGAAAUAUCAUAUCGUUUGCUGUCUGACAAGGACAAGUUUAUAGUUUUAGCUACAGAUGGAAUUUGGGAUGUUCUCUCAAACAAAGAGGUAGUUGACAUUGUAGCAUCGGCCCCAGCUCGUUGUGCAGCCCGGUCAUUGGUUGAGUCUGCAACUAAAGCAUGGAGAUGCAAGCUUCCUUCUUCCAACAUUGACGACUGUGCUGUUGUCUGCCUCUUCCUCGACUCGAACUUGAACGUUAUGGCAUCAGAGACAAAUAUCAAAUACAAGGAGGUUACUUCUGCAAUCCAAGCCGAGACAGCCAUGGUAGAUGAUGAUUCCCAGGAGUAGACCUGGAGUUGUAGCUUGUGUAUGGCGUUCGGAAAUCAUGGGAGUUUGCAGACUGUAAAACUGCACAGAUUUCACAAAUGUGCCUCGCUUGGUUCCAGGUUAGGAUGUGGUUUGAAGGUAGAUUUUUGACCCCACUGGCUGUUGUGUUAAGGAUUUUUUCUGCCAAUGUUACUCUUUGUAGAUAAUUGCUCUUUGGCCUGCAGCUCGACAUUUGUAUGUGAAUAAAUAAGUUAACAACGUUACUAAAAAACAAAUAAAAGUCAACAACGUACAUAAACUCGUGAAUCUGAUCGUAGGGAUCAAAUGAAAAUAUUUAAGGUAAAUCCUGUUUUAAGAAUUCAGGGACCAAGAUCAUAAAUUAGGGAUUUGAAGUGUAUUUUAGUCUUGGGGUCACAUUUACCAAACGGUAAUGAAAAUUUAUGUAAUUCGAAUGAUAUUUCAUUGUUGGAUAAAUUGUAAUAGAUUUGAAUCGCAAACAUAAUUGGAUUGUUUU